AUGGUUCUCGCCGCCGUGGGGCAGAUAUGCUCAACUGCCAGCAUCACCUCGAAUCUUGCACAGUGCCAGUUGUUGGUUAAAAAGGCAGCUGCUGCAGGUGCCAAGGUAUUGUUUCUUCCCGAGGCUUCAGACUAUAUCGCUUCUUCAGCAGAGCAAUCAUAUUCUCUUGCCAAGUCCUCGGAGAGAGAUAGCUUUGUUUCGGCUCUGCAGAAAGAUGCCGUGCAGCAGAAGAUUCACAUUAAUGUGGGAAUUCAUGAGGUGGCCUCUGAGAGCAGGCUGAGGAAUCUAUUGAUUUGGAUAGACGACCAAGGCGCCAUUACUCAAAGCUACCAGAAAAUUCAUUUGUUCGACGUUGAUAUAAAGGAUGGACCUUGCCUUAAGGAAAGCGCGAAUGUCCAACCGGGGCCACAGAUCCCCAAACCAUUUGAGACGCCUAUAGGCCGCGUUGGCUUGAGCAUUUGCUUCGAUCUGCGGUUCCCAGAAAUCAGCCUGGCUCUGAGGCGGCAGAAUGCCGAGAUCAUCACGUACCCAUCUGCUUUCACAGUGCCUACUGGAAAGGCCCACUGGGAAUCAUUGCUGAGGGCAAGAGCCAUUGAGACCCAAUCAUAUGUGAUUGCGGCGGCCCAGGCAGGCCCACACAACGAGAAAAGACGGAGCUAUGGCCAUUCGGUCAUCAUUGAUCCCUGGGGAGAGGUUCUAGCGGAUCUGGGGGAUGAGUACCAGGAGCCCCAAAUUGCGACUGCGGAUAUCGAUCUCAGCCUGGUGGCAAAAAUCCGGCGUGAGAUGCCUUUGCUUCGAAGACACGAUCUAUAUCCGGAGUUUUGA